AUGGCUCAAGUCAUUGGUGUUAGAGCCACCACAGAUCUUGAUCUCCAUGCGACCAAGAGAGAAAAUCAGGCUUUAGCCUGCAAGAUUUUGAUUGAGCUUCUCUCGUAUCAGUUUGCUUCUCCAGUCCGUUGGAUCGAAACCCAGAAGGAGUUCCUACGUGAACGCAAUGGCAUCGAACGUUAUAUCGAGAUUGGCCCGGCUAAAAUCCUGGCUACCAUGAUUGAAAAGAGUGCUUCAAAAUGCUACGCGCCCCAUACAAGAUCUCGGUGGUCUCAUUUCAAGUUUCUAUCCUCUGCAGAAAAUAAAAAUGACGUGUACUACGAGUAUCAAGAACGGGUAGAAGAUACCAUUGCAGCAAAUUCUGCCAAUGAAACCAUCGAUAAAGACACAGUCAACGUUACCCUCAAGGUAGAGGUCAAGACCUCCCCCACAAAAGUUGCUGAGGCCCAUCUCGGCGAAAUUUCCUCCGUAGCUGGGUCAAUAGCUGUGGCAGAUGCUUCACUAACUGCGGCACACGUGGUGCUUGCAAUAACAGCACAGAAGUUGAAACGUGCAUUUGACCAAGUCUCAUCACAAAAGACAAUUCGAGAGUUAUCAGGAGGCAAAUCAACUCUCCAGAAUGAGCUCAUUGGCGAUCUAGGCGCAGAAUUCGGCAAUAUUCCAGACGGCUCAGAAGACCUGACCUUGGAAUCUCUUGGUGAUGCACUCCAAUCUACUUUCUCGGGAAAGCCUGGAAAACAACUCUCGGCCCUUGUCUCUAAGUUUAUAUCUGGGAGGAUGCCUGCUGGCUUCACACAAGCUGCCAUGUUGGCACAUUUGCAAGACACUUGGGGACUCAGCAAGACUCACGCGCUCAUUCCCAUGGUCUUGAGUGUUACAGCAGAACCACCAAGUCGCCUGCCUGAUAUUGCUUCUGCAAAAGAAUUUUUAGAUUCUCAAACUCUCCGUUGGGCGGCCUUUUCAGGCAUAUCGAUCUCCCCAUUGAGUGCAGCUGUGUCUGUUCAGGUUCCUGUCACCAUCGAUUCAGCAGGUCUUGACCUCGUACGUAACGAACAGAAAGAUUACCAUCUCAAACAAUACAAACUUUUGGCGAAGUUCUUGCAGAUCAAUCCUGAUUUGGAGCAUGAGAAAAUACAAGAGCUGUUGGCUUCGGAGAAAGUACUCAAAGAGCGUUUGGACCAGUGGACGAACGAAUUCGAUGAUCAAUUCUUUGACGGUAUCCAGCCUCUUUUCGAUAGCCGCAGGAUCCGGACUUAUGAUUCGUGGUGGAAUUGGGCACGGGAAGACUUACUCAGGUUACUGAGUGAUUCUUCUCUGAAACAGACCGAUAUACAGAGUCUUAUUCACCUCGAAAGCGUUCAAGUACUGCUGAGUAGAUUUGAGCCUAGUUGCUUGGACAUCCUUCAGCAUACGUGUGGUCCCCUCAAUCUACAUGGGCCUCGCCGAAUCGCGAAGGAGAUCGCUAGGCUUGGUCUCCGAGCAAUGGAAUUAGAACCUGUCUUCAAAUACAACCAGCAAGCUAUGGCUCCUAAGACACUCAUAAGCAAGACAGGUGAGGUUGAAUACCGCGAGAUACCACGAGAGAUCGCCAACUACAGUGCUUUGGUGGAACAUGGGCGCCUGACACCAGAUGGGGAGCACAUACCAUUCGUCCAUCUGCGCAGUCGUCAUCUUGAGCAGGGUUGGAAGUACAAUCCCGAAUCUACCAAUAUCUUGCUGUCGGCCUUACGUACCGGUACAACUUCAGGUAUCACUUUUGCUGGCAAGACAGUCUUGGUCAUUGGUGCAGGGCCAAAUUCAAUCGGUGCAGAAGUUGUCCAAGGGCUCCUGUGUGGCGGUGCUCAAGUCAUCGUGACCACGAGCCGCGCUGUCUCAAAUUCAGCGAAGUACUACCAAGAUGUCUAUCGCAAACAUGGUGCCCGAGGAUCUACUUUGUCAAUCUUUCCGUUCAAUCAAGCCAGCAAGAAAGACUGUGAAGCCUUGAUUGACCAUAUCUACAGUUCUGAUUCAAGAAAUGCAGAAAAUCUCGAUUUUAUCAUCCCAUUCGCUGCAAUCCCAGAAAGUGGUGCAAUUGACGCCCUGGACAGUAAAUCAGAGCUUGCACAUCGUGCGAUGCUUACCAAUGUGCUUCGAGUUCUUGGCCAUCUGUGCAAGCAGAAGGAAGCACGUUCACUCGAUACUCAGCCAACCACUGUGAUCUUGCCACUCUCCCCGAAUCAUGGAACCUUUGGAGGGGACGGCAUGUAUGCUGAGUCCAAAUUGGGGCUGGAAACGUUGUUCAACCGCUUUUAUUCGGAGAAUUGGUCAACGUACCUCAAUAUCUGUGGUACUGUUAUUGGCUGGACUAGGGGCACAGGCUUGAUGUCCAAUAACAACAUUGUUGCCGAUGCCAUUGAAAGUCAUGGUGUGAUCACAUUUUCGCAGGCGGAGAUGGCUUUCAAUAUUCUCGCAUUGAUGACUCCAGGUAUCGCGACACUCUGUGAAGAUCAUCCUGUCUACGCCGAUCUCAAUGGUGGCUUACAAUUUGUGAAGACCCUCAAGCAAGAUAUCGUUGUCGCCAGAAAAACCAUAUCUGACAACAGCCAACUCCAAAAGGCAUUGCUUGCUGAGCGCCACCGACACCAGAUGAUUCUGAUAGGCUCUGAACAGUACAUAGCCGAACCCGCCACCCAUGAUCGCGCUACUAAACUCGCAAAUAUUAGCGUCGGCUUUCCCAAUCUCCUUGAUUAUCGAGAUCUGACUAGAGACGUCCAAAAUCUCAAUGGCAUGCUUGAUCUCUCGAGAGUUGUCGUUGUCGUUGGUUUUUCAGAGCUCGGCCCUUGGGGCAGCGCUAGAACUCGGUGGGAGAUGGAACAUCAGACCGAACUUUCGUUGGAAGGUUAUGUCGAACUUGCUUGGAUUAUGGGCCUGAUCGUGCAUAAGGACGGCGACCUGAAGGGCCAACCUUACACUGGCUGGGUUGACAAGCAAAGCCAGGAGCCAGUGAAAGAUGUUGAUAUCAAGGCAAGAUAUCACGACGAUAUCAUGAAUCAUACAGGACUUCGGUUCAUCGAGUCCGAUGCCUUGGGAGGUUACGACCCGUCCAAGAAGGAGUUUCUCCAUGAGGUUGUUGUUGAUGAUGACCUUCCGCCCUUCGAAGCAUCCAAAGCUACAGCUGAAGCUUUUAAGCUCAGAUUUCAAGAUAAAGUUCGAAUCGAAUCCAUUCCUGGAACUGAUGAUUACAGAGUGCAAGUUAAGAAAAGUGCACAUUUCCUCGUCCCGAAAGCAACUCCAUUUGAUCGUGAGAUCGCUGGACAACUGCCGAAGGGUUGGGAUGCAAAGGCCUAUGGUAUACCUGAAGAUAUCAUCCAACAGACAGAUCCAACUACGCUUUAUGCUCUCUGUUGUGUCUCUGAAGCUCUGCUGUCUGCUGGUAUCCAGGAUCCUUACGAGUUUUACAAGUAUAUUCAUGUCUCCGAACUGGCUAAUUGUAUUGGCACUGGUGCUGGGCCACUACUGGCAAUGAGAGGAGUAUAUCGAGACAGAUAUCUCGAUCGGCCUGUUCAAAGCGACAUUCUCCAGGAAUCCUUCUUGAACACAAUUGGGGCUUGGAUCAACAUGCUCAUCCUAUCUUCCACUGGCCCGAUCAAGUCACCCGUCGGAGCCUGCGCUACCGCCAUUGAAUCACUCGAUAUUGGAUGCGAAGCUAUUCAAGGAGGUAAGUGCAAAGUGGCGCUCGUUGGUGGAUGCGACGACUUUCAGGAGGAGAUGUCUUUCGAGUUUGCCAAGAUGAAAGCCACUGCCAGCAGCAACGAUGAGUUCGAGCGCGGUCGAACGCCAAAGGAGAUGUCUAGACCAAGUGCUGCCUCUCGCGGCGGCUUUGUCGAGUCAGCGGGAUGCGGAGUGCAAAUAUUGAUGAGCGCAGAGCAGGCCCUUAGAAUGGGGCUUCCAAUCUACGCAGUUGUGGCAUAUACACAGAUGGCUGGCGACAAAAUCGGGCGUUCUGUUCCUGCCCCCGGAAAAGGAAUCUUGACUGCUGCCAGGGAGGUGUCGAGUCAUGGGGAGUCGCACUUACUUGAUCUGGAUUUUCGCCGACAGCAACUUGAGCAGAGCUUCGAGCUCAUCAAGGUUUGGAGAGACUCUCAGAUCGAAAAAGCUAAAGGCCUUCCAGAUUGGUCUGAACAAAUGGUACAGGAAAUCGAGACGGCCGCCGCCACCAAGGCCAGAUCCGCCAAACGAACAUGGGGGAAUGACAUUCGCCUGCAAGAUCCUAAAAUAGCGCCGAUCAAAGCCGCCUUAGCUACAUGGGGUCUAGGCAUCAACGAUAUUGCCGUUGCGUCCAUGCAUGGCACAUCCACCAAAGCAAAUGACACGAACGAGGCCGAUGUCAUUAGCACUCAGCUCGCACAUCUUGGACGUACGAAAGGCAAUCCAAUACUCGCUGUUUGUCAAAAAUCACUGACAGGACAUCCGAAAGGAGCAGCUGGUGCGUGGCAAUUGAAUGGCUGCAUGCAAAUGCUACAGACAGGAAUCGUCCCCGGAAACAGAAACCUUGAUAAUGUUGAACGCAACUUGCGACAGUACGAACAUAUUGUGUAUCCCAUGGAAUCAAUUCGGCCAAGAGAUGUCAAAGCUACCAUGCUCACUUCCUUCGGUUUUGGUCAGAAAAGCGGCCUUGCAAUUUGCGUUGCACCAAAGUAUAUUUUCUCAGCUAUUGAUAAAGAGUCAUACGAUAACUACAGAUCUCUGGUCACCCUGCGGCAGCGCUCUGGCAAUGUCGCUUUCCAGAAAGCGUUGAUGACGAAUUCCAUCUUCAAGGCCAAAGAGCGCUCGCCGUGGGAGACUUCAGAAGGGACACUCAAGGAAGUGCUUUUGAAUCCCAAGGCACGCGUCUCGAGCGAUGCAGCCUCAGAGACCUUAGCAUUCCAUCGCUCGGAGACAACCUCUCAUGGUUCCUCUCGAGCAGGAACUCCUCGUGACGAAGUAGAGCAGGAGAUGCUGCUAUUCAACUCAGUGCGUUCAAUGUUGGGCACAUCAGCCCUGUCGGAUCAAACAUCGGUCGGCAUUGACGUUGAAAACAUUUGCGAUGUGCCUGUCGACAACGAGAACUUCAUCAACCGCAAUUACACCGCCAUGGAACGUCAAAGUUGCCAUUCAAAGCCGGAUUCCAAGGCCUCAUUCGCAGGGGUUUGGUGUGCCAAAGAGGCGGUCUUCAAAAGUCUUCAAAUUCCUUCCCUCGGUGCUGGGGCUGCCAUGGACGAGAUUGAGAUUUUACGUGAUGAAAACGGGGUUCCGAAAGUCGAAACUUCUACAGCUUCAUGGAAGAAUUAA